CACCGCGGCGCGGCCCGGUCUAUCCUGCGCCCACCACCUGCCCUGCCCGUCCUGCCCGCGCUGCCCGCCUCUCUAUCCUCCUCUCUCUCUCUCUAGAGUGUGAAAAGUCUUCUCCUUUCUCUGCUCCCCCCUUCCUCCUCUGCACCUCACCUCUCCUCUCAUGGAGUUCGCCUAGUUGUGUGCUCUGCUCCUCCUUGAAGAAGCCUUCAGAUCUGUGGUUCCUAGCCUUUCUCAGCUUCCUCAACACAGGUACCCCCUUCUCGUCCCCCUCUCUCCCUCUCUUGAAACCUCCUUACUCCUGCACAUCUGGGAGGAUUACCUCCUUGUUCUUUGUUCUUGCCGCCGUCCAGAUGGCGUCCCUGACACCCGAAGCUGAAGCUCCCGGAGGAGGAGCCCUGCUCGCCGCCGGCGACGACGUCACCGCCGCGAAUCUGCUCGCCGCCGCCGUAGCCACCGAGGGUCCUGUAUUUGAUAUGCCUGACUUCAAGAUGGGUGGGAAGAAGAGUGAUGAUGCUGCUCCCACUGAUGCCGGGGAUGAAGAUGGUGGUGAUGAUGACGGGGACGAGGAUGGUGACUUUGGGGAAGGCGAAGAGGACGUUUCAGAAGGUGAGGGAUAUGAUAAUCCAAAAGGCAUCGAUAACAACAAGAAAAGAGGUGAGCCUGAGGAAAAUGGUGAGGAGGAUGAGGAAGAGCCUGAAGGCCAGGAGGGUGGUGGAGGUGAUGACGACGAUGACGAUGAUGAUGACAAUGAGGAUGACGACGACGAUGAUGAUGGUGGUGAAGAUGAUGAUGGAGUAGAUGAGGAAGAGGAAGAUCAGGACAAUGAGGAUGAUGAGGAAGAUGAUGAUGAAGACUCACUUCAGCCCCCAAAGAAGAGGAAGAAGUGAAUAUCUUCAUGCGGCUAUAGUUACCAACUUACCAUGCGCUGAGCUGUGCUUGGUUUUCGUCAUGUUCUCGGAAUCGAACUUGCAUUAGGGAGUUAAGAAAAAAGGGCUCCACACGUUCAGUAAGUGUGGAUUUGUAGGAGCUUUAUGAUUUCAAGCAAUUAGACAGAACUCUGUUGUCAUUGUUGCUUGCUUCUGUGGAGUUGAACAGAUGUUUCGCUAACAUAAUUCGACCUGAAUGGUGAAAGCCUGAAGAUUGAAUAUGUCACAAGUUAUUUUUA